CGGCUCUGCUCGACUCCGGCUCAGGCUCCUGCAGCAGCUCCUGUGGGGGUGGGCGGUGGGGCUGACAGCGGCGGUGGCAGCGGCUGCGGCUCGAGGCUGAGCGAGCGGCGGGCCAGCCGGGAGAAGAGGAGGAAGUGGAGCCGCGGCUGGGAGCUCUGGAGUCAGCUGCCACGCCGAGGACCGCCCCAUUUUGCAGAGCGAGCCGAGUCCGGACCUAGGAAGACUUCUCUACCGGGCUCCAGCCGCCGCGGCUCCGCGUCUUCUCGCCCGCGCCCUGCCUUGCCCCGCCAACCCCAGCCCGGGUUCCGCGCUCCGCGGUCCGGGGCGUGUGGCCGGGACGCCUCAAACCCCUGACCCUGAUCCAGUGCACCAGGGCGGGACGCUCCAGGCCCUCCACACGGCUCUGGGAUUACCGGCUCCUUCCCAGCCUUUCUCUAGUGUGUGCCGAAGCCCCUAGCCCUCCGCCCGGGAUUAAGGCAGGGUGCUCCCACCCCUCCGUCUGAGUGCCAAGGAGCCGGACCUUCAGCUGCCUCUGCCCCGGUGCUUCGGAUUUGGUGCGGUGCUAACGUCCAGGAAGCCCCGACCCGGGCCCAGAGCCCUAUGAGGGGUCCCAGGCGGGCUGGCCCGUCGGACUGAACCGGACUGGGCUGGUGCUGUGAGACGAAGCAGCCACCUUCCUGCCGCCCCGGGCGAGGGGCUGAGCGCUUGCCCCGAAGAAAACACGGGAGAGCCGAGUGCUGCAGCUCUCCCAGUGAAGCCACAUCGCCACCUCCGUGGACAGGACACCCCCGGGAGCCCAGCUCACAGCCGCUGGUACCUGCUUCCAGGACCAGCCGGGGCCUCCAUGGGCGCCUGAGGGCGGGGUGCCAGGCCGGCAGCGCGAGCAUGGUGAGACACCAGCCCCUGCAGUACUACGAGCCUCAGCUCUGCCUCUCCUGCCUCACCGGCAUCUACGGCUGCCGCUGGAAGCGCUACCAGCGCUCUCACGAUGACACCACGCCGUGGGAGCGCCUCUGGUUCCUGCUCCUCACCCUCACCUUCGGCCUCACACUCACCUGGCUCUACUUCUGGUGGGAGGUCCACAAUGACUACGACGAAUUCAACUGGUACCUCUACAACCGCUUGGGCUACUGGAGUGACUGGUCUGUGCCCAUUCUCAUGGCCACAGCUGCCGCUUUCACGUACGUCGCGGGCCUCCAGGUCCUGGCACUGUGUCACAUCGCCGUGGGACAGCAGAUGAACCUGCACUGGCUGCACAAGAUAGGGCUGGUGGCCAUCCUGGUGGCCACAGUGGUGGCCAUGUCAGCCGUGGCCCAGCUGUGGGAGGACGAGUGGGAGGUGCUGCUCAUCUCCCUGCAGGGCACAGCGCCAUUCCUGCACGUGGGGGCCCUGGCCGCCGUCACCGCGCUCUCCUGGAUCGUGGCAGGACAGUUUGCCCGCGCAGAGCGGUCCUCCUCCCAGGUGGCCAUCCUCAGUACCUUCUUCGCCGUGGUGUUUGCUCUCUACCUGGCCCCUCUCACCAUCUCCUCUCCCUGCAUCAUGGAGAAAAAGGACCUGGGCCCCAAGCCCGCCCUCAUCGGCCACCGCGGGGCCCCCAUGCUGGCCCCGGAGCACACGCUGAUGUCCUUCAGGAAGGCCCUAGAGCAGAAGCUGUACGGACUGCAGGCGGAUGUCACCAUCAGCCUGGACGGCGUGCCCUUCCUCAUGCAUGACGCCACCCUGCGGCGCACCACCAACGUGGAGGAGCUGUUCCCGGAGCUCGCUCGCAGGCCCGCCUCCAUGCUCAACUGGACCAUCCUGCAGAGGCUCAACGCCGGCCAGUGGUUCCUGAAGACGGACCCCUUUUGGACGGCCAGCUCCCUGUCACCCUCUGACCAGAGGGAGGCCCAAAACCAGUCCAUCUGCAGCCUCGUGGAGCUCUUGGAGUUGGCCAAGGGCAACGCCACGCUGCUGCUCAACCUGCGCGACCCGCCGCGGGAGCACCCCUACCGGGGCAGCUUCGUCAACGUCACGCUGGAGGCCCUGCUGCGUUCAGGCUUCCCCCAGCACCAGGUCCUGUGGCUGCCCAACAGGCAGAGGCCCUUGGUGCGGAAGGUGGCUCCUGGCUUCCAGCAGACGUCCGGCUCCAAGGAGGCGGCUGCCACCCUUCGGAAAGGCCACAUCCAGGGCCUGAACCUGCGCUACACGCAGGUGUCCCGCCAGGAGCUCAGGGACUACGCCUCCUGGAACCUGAGCGUGAACCUCUACACAGUCAAUGCCCCCUGGCUCUUCUCCCUGCUGUGGUGCGCAGGAGUCCCCUCCGUCACCUCUGACAACUCCCACACCCUGUCGCAGGUGCCUGUCCCCCUCUGGAUCAUGCCCCCAGACGAGUACUGCCUCAUGUGGGUCACCGCCGACCUGAUCUCCUUCGCCCUCAUCGUGGGCAUCUUCGUGCUCCAGAACUAUCACUUGAUCAGGUGGCGCCUGGGUGGCAUACGUAGCUACAACCCUGAGCAGAUCAUGCUGAGCGCCGCGGUGCACCGGACCAGCCGGGACGUCAGCAUCAUGAAGGAGAAGCUCAUCUUCUCAGAGAUCAGUGACGGCAUGGAGGUCUCCGACGAGCUCUCUGUGUGCUCAGAUCACAGUUACGACACGUAUGCCAACAGCACCACUGCCCCUGUGGCCCCCCGAGGGAGGAGCAGCCGCACCAAGACCCUCACAGGCCUGGGUGGGCAUUAGCUGAAGACCUGUCUGUCCAGCCUGUACCUCGCGUGGAGACCAGGGAAGCCCAGAGAGCUGGCAGGAGUGCGCUGGGAGCUGGCUCCACGGCCUUCUCAUUGGCUCCAGCCCCUUGUCAGCCACGGCCUCUCUCGGAGGGAGCUCCCUUCUCCAGCCUCUCAGGUACCCCUGCAGGCCUGGGGUGCCUUCUUCUGGGAAGUCUGAGGCCUGGUCCUCUCCUCCCAUCCUGACCUGGAAGCUCUGAGGGGUCAAUGGGCAAUGCCGUGCCCCAUGGCAAUGAGGGAAAUGAAGCCUGAGUGCGCCCCUGAGCGUCUGUCCUUCUGUGCUGCAAAGAAACGACUUCCUGUUUCUCCCACCUCAAGGGCGUUGGCUGAGCCUCUGCCCAAGCAGCUCUGCUCACCUGUCAGGUGAAAGCGCAAGGAAGCUCGGCCCAGGAGGAACCUGCUGCGUGGGAAGACACUCCUCCUCUCCCCUGGCCAGCCUCCGCCACCACUGGCCCUGCCCCAGGAGAGGGCCUGAGCCAUGUCCCAGGAGCAGCUGGAGAUGGCCAGAAGAGCAGACUCAGGGCUGCUGGAUCUCACACCCAAGUGUCCAGCAGGCCUCUGGGACAAACUGGCCUGGAGGCCCAGGAGGUCCACAGACUGACACGACCUCAGGUUCCCACAUCAGUGGCCAAGGGCAGGAGCCCCCAGGGAAGAGGUUCAGGCAUGGUCAAGGGUGGGCGUAUGGCCAGAGGCCCACAGUGAAGGGCGUCUGAGGAGCCUUGGCCAAGGUGAUUAAAGCUGCCACCUUGA